AUGACCUCCGAACAAAACAAACUACUGCCAAAACUGGCACCGAAGGCAGUAAUCGGCGUAAAGCGCAAACCGAACCGCAAAGACCUAUACGAUCGCCGAGACCCCCAUGACCAGAAACCACUCCGAGGCCUACCGGACCCGGACCCCGACGUCGUCCUCCGCAGGGCCGCCCUGAACCUCGAGCAAGCGGCGUUGAGAAUGCAGCAUGCGAUCCCCGAAGCGAACCCCGAGUCCUCCCUAAGGGAGAGUCUCACCGUCCUUGCUGACCCUGAGGCUCCGUGGUCGGACUCCGACUGGGAGACCAUUACGGAUCCGGACAGUGGGUCGGAGCUGGAUGAUGAGGGCGAGAAGGGUGUGGAAGAUGCGUUUAUCGCGAAGGUGAGAGGGGUGGAGGUCGGAGAGGUGACGGCGGUAAGGGUUCCGCCUGUUCGAACUAACAUCCCGGCGUUUAUCAAGAAGGUGAGAGCUGUCAAGGGAAGGGGUUCGAAUGUUGCUGCUGCUGCUGUGCCAGUUCUCCCUAAUACUCGCAUGCAGCCUGGGGACACCAGAGAACUGACGGCCGCGGAAGCGGCGCUGGCUCUUACGAACAGGCAAGCAGGGACGAGUGUGACGAUGGAGGAUCUGAGAGCGACGAAGAAGACGAAGAUUGUGCACGAUGACGGGGAUAAGUAUCGUUGGACCGUUGGGAGUGUCAGCACCAGAGCGUUGACGGUGGCGGAAGCGGCGCUGGUGCUUACGAAUGUGCAAGCGGGGACUAAUGUGACGAUGCAAGAUUUGAGGACAGCGAGGGAGAUGGUCGAUCUGUGGGAUAAUCAAGAUACAUUCGAAUGGACUGUUGGGAAUGUUGAGUAG